ACGCAGAGGUUUGGCGCUGAUAAUGCGCGCGAGUUUCGAAGUGGGCGAGUCUAUAAAGAGGACGUCCGACCACCUCGCCAGAGUUUGCUAGCUUUGUAAAUGAAAUUCUACCAACAACUUUUAACGCCAGUGCUUGGCUGAAUUACACGUUAACGGGUACUUAACUUCCCAUGUGCGGUGACGAAUGUUUGAUGAAAUGUAUUCGCGGCGUUUUUUCAAAGGUUGGCCAGGCGGUUUUUAAGUGUUUUCCGGUCGUUGCUAAUAUAACCUUAUUUACCGCUAAGCUAGCUAGCUAGAUAGCUUCUUUUCAAUGUAAACAAUAUUAACGUUACUUAACGUUAAUGUGGCAAGUAGUUAACUUAGCUGAUAACGUUUCUAAAAUAACGGAAUACGUAACCCAACAAAAGAAACCUCUGUUCCAUUCAUGCCGACAGGGGAUCGUACACCAUUAGGUUCAGCAUCAUGUCUAUUGAUUUUGAUAGUGCUGCUCUUCAAACCCAACACGAUGAAGAGGAAUAUGACCCAGAGGACUAUGCAAGAGAACAAGAGCUACACAAAUUGCUCACCGACCUGCCUGAUGACAUGUUGGAGGACAGUGUAGACUCCUCCUCCCCAGAGCUAGAGUACACUACUUGCAGCCAUAAAAACACUGGCAACAGCCCGCAGUCCGCAUGGACUCAGCAAUGGUCAGACCACUCAAGACCAACUUCUCAUGAACAGAAGCGAGAAGUCGGCCAUGAUCAACGCUCCCACGAUGAGUACGCUUACGAGGAUGAAGCUGGUCAGAACGAUGGACAUCACCCACAAAGUGGACCUCUGCCUAACGCCUGGAACCUGGAUCAUCAGUUCAGCCAUGCAGAUUAUACAUACACCAGCAUUGGCUCUGAAAAAUGCACAGACACCAAUGAUUUUUCCACCGACGAGAACAAGUGUAAACCGUAUCCUCACGGCACUAAUAACGCUGCCCCGUUUAAUGGACAAGAAGGACGCAGAGACAUCCCAAACUAUGGGCAUCAUAACAACGGCAGAGACCAAUUUCAAAUUUUGAAGUCUAGAGUGUUGGACGGAGGGGUGGAUCCGCUCCAGGCCAAAUACAAUCCUCACCUUCCCGCCCAUCAGCCCCAAAUGUUUACCUCACAGGCCGUUCAACAGGAAGGUCAAUUUGAUCAUCUACAAAGAGAAUUCCUUGACUCGACACAACAAACUGCUGAUAAAGAGCAGCUUGCCCAGCUGCAGAUUUUAAACAAGGCUCAGCAGAGGCAAAUUGAGGACUUGGAGCGAAAACUUGAGGAUUCAAGGCGUAAUAUGAGAUAUAUCGAGCAUCAGUUUGCAAUUGCCAAAGAUGAAAAAGAUGGCCUAGCAGUGAGUCUAAAGGAAUCCAGUCAACUGGUUGAACAUGCCAAGGAGAGAGACGUUCAAAUGCAAUCCAAAGUAAAAGCAAUGGAGCACCAACUGCAGGUUCUAACUGAGCGAGACCAGGAGAACUUGAAGAAGCAGAGUGUGGCAGAAGCUGCAGUGGACAGCAUGAAGCAGCAGAUGUUGGAACUGUGUCGCUCUGACACGCUGUCCAGGACGCGGCAGCAGCACGACCGAGACCUGGCUGUCAUGAAGGAGCAGCACGAGAAUGCAGUGUUGACACUACAGCAGAAGCUGGACUCGACCUCACAAGCUCUGAAUGAAAAGAUCGAUGUUGGUCAGAGGCUGCGAGAGCAGGUGAAGCAACUCGAGCAGCAGAGAGAAGAGGAGCAACUGGAGAGAGCUCGAGUUGUCAACACCCUCACUCAGCGUCUGGAGGAGAGUCAACAACAAUGUGCCAAGCUACUGGAGACCAGUUCAGUGCAGGAGAUGAGUCAGCUUCAGAUCAGACUACAACAGGCUCAAUCGGCCAAAGCGCUGUCUGAAAACAUGAACAAAGUCUUGCAGGAGGAUCUGGCUGACUUGAAGGAGCAGAUCACUCUGUACGAAUCGGCUGUGAAACACGGUGUUAUUGCAGUGGACCCGAGCAGUGACUGGGAGAACCAGCUGUCUGACUCCUGUGUGGAUUUAGGAUUCAAAAAAACAAACCGGAAAAAUGACUUGCUUCACAGUGCUGUCCUGGCUCACAUGUCGGACUCCAAGCUGCCCAAAGAUGAAGCUUUGCGGCGGCUGCGAGUGGAGAUGCAGCGCUGCCUGGGCAGUUUAAAGGGGAAGCGGAAGAAGAUAAGUCAGCUGCAGGAGGAGCUCCAUCUCAGUCAGAGUCGAUUGACCGAGCUGCAGACCCAGUUAGAUGAAGCCAAGCUCUGCUCCUCGGCAAGAGAGACCAGCCAGAUGAAACAUCUAGACGUGAAUGGAGAGUCUCGGAAGGAGUUUGCGAGACUACUGGAAGACAAGCAACACUUGCAGGAACAAGUGGAGGUGUUGGAACAGAAGAAUAUGGAGCUGAAGCAGAGUGAAGAAAAGGUGAAGUCUGACAACUUGGAGCUUUGCAUCAAGAUGAGGGAGAUGAUCCAGGAACUCGACCAAGAGAAGCAGGAGUCUACUGAGAGAGCUGAGCGGAUUCAUCAGCAGUACCGGGACGACGUGGUGGAUCGGGUCAGAACAGAGCUCAUGCUCGAUCACGAUGCGCAGGUUGAACAGCUGACUGCACAGCACCAGCAACUGGUCCAACAGUUACAGACCCAGCUGUCUGAGGCCAAUGAUAAGAUGCUGGCUGUGCAGGAGUGUUACAUAUCUGUCUGCAAGGAGAAGGACAUGCUUGGCAAGGAGGAGGCUGUGAUCAGAGUAAAUGAGGAAAAGAUGAUAGAAGAGCACGGCAGAGCUUUGGAGAAGCUUAGGGCUGAGCUUGAGGCUCAGCAUCAGGCCUCAAUAAACCAGAUCCAAGCUCUGUGGUCCAAAGACAAGCGGACGGAGAUCCAGCAGCAGGUGAAUUCUCAGGUAGCCUCGGCCAAGGCUGCUUGGGAGGAGGAACUACAAAAGAUGGAGAAGAUCUGGGGCCACAGACUGGAGGAGGCCAAUCGAGCUAAACACAAAGAGACUGCUGAGGCAGCAUGUCAGGCGGAUGAUAUUGAGGCCAGCAGUGCGACCGUUACUAUGGAGGAGCUCGACUCCAGGCUCAGUGCACAGAAACAGCAGCUGCAGCUGGAGGCUGACAAAGUGAAACGCAAAGCUGUGGAAGAAGCCAGCAAACAAGCCCAGAGAGGGCUACACGAGAAACACCUUGAGGACAUGGCCAAACAGGUCGAAGGUGCAGUUACGAGGGCCUACAAUCGCUGGAUUGAGGAUUUGACUUCAUCAACAGAAUACCAAACCGCUCUCCAAAGAGAGAGGGAGAACUGGGAAGCACUACAUGAAAAAAAUACUGAGCAACGGGUGUCCCAGGCCCUAAAGGAGGCAGAGGAGCAGUGGUUUAAUAAGCACCAGAACCAGCCGGAGGGGGAAAGCUCUGGAAGGGUGGAGGAUCUCCAAGAGGAGGUGGCCUCUCUCCAGAGUCAGCUGGAGCAGGAGAGGAGAGAGCAAGCCACCUUGCUGAAGGCCGAGCUGGCCGGAGCGAGAGCAGCCUGGAACCAAGAAAAACAGGAGAUGCAAGAGCAGCGCAAAAAGCUGGAGCAGGCUCUGCAGCAGGCCAGAGAGGAUGCCGCCCUCCGUGAGAAGCAGAUGGAAGCCAAGCUGCAACAGACGCUGGGGGCCAAGAAGGAGUGGAAGAGUGUGGACGAGGAGAAACUGAGCCGCGUGUUAAAAGAAACACCGGAGCAGCACGAGAGAGGUAUUGACGAAAUGCAAAGUUUUUUGUCCGAGAGGAAGGAGGAGCAAGUUCGCUGCAGGAAGUGUGCUGAGACUUUAGGUAAGCUGCAGAAGAAGAACCAGGAGCUCCAGAGGCACUUGGAGAAAGCCUGUCGUCAACUCCAACACACCGUUCGCCAACACAAAACCGACAUGCAGCAUCUGAAAGAUCAGCAUGAAAGUAACUUGCAAAAGGCAAAGGAGAGACAUCUGCAGCAGCUGGAGGAGGUGAAGACUCAGGAAUCAUCAAGAAGUUCUGAUCACCAACAAAAUGUUCAGCAAGGCCUCAAGGAGAUGAAGCAGCAAUAUCUGAUGACUGUAGAAAAGAUCCGAGGAGACAUGCUGCGUUACCUCCAGGAGAGUCGGGAGCGAGCGGCAGAAACCAUCCGCAUGGAGGUACAGAGGGAGAGGCAGAACACGGCCAGAAAGAUGCAGCGCUAUUAUCUGACCUGUCGGCAGGAGUUACUGGAGGACGCGGGAAAGACGACGGGGGCAAAACAAAUGAUAACUGCUGCGAGCCAGCUGGCCGGCAUGGCCAAAGUGCUGGAGACGCCGUUCAGAAGUAGAUCUGGAAAGAGCUACAGUUCAGAAUGUAGAAACUUGGGUUUCAGUAAGAACCUGCCGACACUUGACGAGCCCCCAGAGAUCAGGCCAGAGGAGCGACCCCACAGGGAGAAAACCCUCGCUGACUCGGCGCAGAAACGACCAGCGAGACCCAAACUUUUGAGUCACCAGGACUUCUCUCCACCUGGGAGGGAGGAGGCCUCGAGCGACGCAGGGCUGAAACCCCGAACCGUGAGGGGUAAAAGCAGGGAGCCCCGCGGCCACCCCGACCCCAUGCGCCGCAGCGAACCGCUCCUCGCCCGGGAUGCCGCCAUCAGAGACGGGAAACGGGGCGAGUGGAGCGUGACCCGCAGCGACUCGGACGUGGGUCUCUGGGUCUCCACCCACUCCGGGGGGAGAGUAGAACCGGGCGGGCCCCUCUCUGUCUCCUCCGCUGACUCAGGAGAGUACGGCAACCCGGAUGCCUCCGACCUGACCGUCUAUAACGAAAUCACCAAAAAAAGGUCCAGCUUCCAGCACGCGCUGAUAAGUGGCCACAGGGAGCCCCCCCCCGGCUCUGAGGGGGAGAAGCAGCACGGAGUUGGUUGCAGGCCUUUCUUCUCAAAGUUGAGGCAACGGCGGCAGGACAGCGGCUUCGACAGUCCUUUGAAUUAAAUGAAAUUAAAGUUUACAUGAUGUAGAACCUUUACGGUCAUAGAUGUUUUCUGUGCGCGUGUUGCAUUAACAUUGUUAAGAAAAGUCUCACGUAUCGCAAACAGCACUUAUUUACUAGACCGACAAGCGUUUUGCUUCUCUAAGGUUAAUCAUUUCACCCCACGACGAAAAAGCAAGUGGGGGUUGUUGUUAUUGUGUGGUGUUCUAUGUGCUAAAGGUCAACAGUCUGCACAAUGUAAUGUUUAUCGUUUGAUCCCGUGAGUGACUUUUACUGAUGUCUUGCAACCUCCACGAAGUACGAGAUCAGGAUUCAGGAAUAUACAAAAUUCUGUUUUAUCUCUGUAUCUGCAUGUUUUUUUUUAAUGUUUUAAAAUGUUUUCUAUUACGUUGGUGAAAUGUGCUGUGCAUAGAUUCUAAAUAUUAACUUAUUGAUUUCAUUUGUUUUAAUAAAUCUUAUUUUAUGGCA